AUGCUCAGGGCAGGCUUGUCAGUGGGGACACCCCCAUCUCCCCUACAUACUGCCAAGUCUCCACCCCAGGGCCUGACCCCUCCACACCAGGAUGGUCCUCAGGUGGCCUGUGCGGAAGCACAAGGGACACUGAGAAGAUUCUGGCUCCUGGAAAGCCUUAAGAGGCGCCUCCCUGGAAGAGGCAUUGCUUGCCUGGUGACUGUGUCUGGGCCUCUCCCCCGUGGGCUGAGCAGAAAGGGGAAGUGUGGUCAGGCUGGCGCUCGCUGCUCCGGGGUGGGAGGAAAGCCUGUGGCCGAGGAACGUCUCUCACCAGCUGCACCUGAGCCACAGCACUCGGCACACUGCUCUCUCCUCAGCAGCUCACAUCUGGACACCCUGGCGACCCAGGAUUCCACUGCAAUGGAUUGGUGGAGGGACAAUUUCUGGAUCAUUUUAGCUGUGACCAUCAUCAUUGUCUCCAUGGGCCUGGGCGUCAUCAUGUACUGUGUCUGUAGGCAGCUGGUUAGACAAGGCAAGAAAUUGAAAAUUGCCAAGCCUGUGAAACAAAAUCAAAGAGAGGAAGAAAAGAUGUAUGAGAACGUCACUAACCAGUCGUCAGUUCAAUUACCCCCUCUGCCACCCCGGGGUUUGCUUUCUUCAGAACAUGCCGCUCCACAGGAAACCCCAAGUAAGCCACCAGCUACAUACACACUGCUCAAAAAGGUUAAAAAUAAGAAGAAAUCUUCCAUUCCGAGCUACAUUGAGCCUGAAGAAGACUAUGACGAUGUUGACAUCCCUGCAAAUACAGAAAAGCAUCACUUAGAAACAAACGUUUCUCCUUUUUGGCAAGCUGAAGAGGGUUCACACAACUUAUUUUAAAACAAUCAAGAGGGGUUGAACUUCAUAGGUAUCCGAUCCCGAAAGCUUGUGGCAAUGUUAUGAAGCUCUGUAAGAUAAGCACUUCCCAAACCUUAGACACAGGAGCAUCGUUGAUCAGAUGGCUGCAGCCAGAGGAAAGACGCAGAUGCUCAGCCUUGAAGACUGAGACGAGCCAGACCUCGAGCUUCUGUUGAGCGAGUUCCAUGGAGAGGACCUCUGGGUUCCGUGGCUCCCACCCGUGAGAAACCACUCAGUUCUCGGCACUCUUCCCCCUUUCCCUCUCUUGUUUGUCUGGUUCUAAGUGAUCUUAAAUCUUGGGGUUUGAUUGUACAGAGCCUCCCAGGGUCCCAUCCCUAGCACGGCCCCCACGGAGCACACAGUCUUGUCCCCACCCUCCCCACCCACUUCACACAUUGAGGGGCUGUGGGUGGUAGUUCCAGCUGAGUGCUCUUGUGAGCAAGUAACUCCGUCAAGCCUUGUGGGUUCUUCAAGGGCGGGAGCGCUUCUCGUUCAUGUGAACUCUCCCCACCUGCACACAGCCACACCCCAGCACCUCUCAGUGACCUCGGCCAGACUGACCAUAGAGGUGCCAGUUCUCACCCAGGUUUUCUCCUGUGCUCCCCGGGUGCACUGUAACAGUCAACAAAGGACAGAAGUUACACGAGGGGAUGUCACUUUGCAAUAUGUGCAUUGGGGGAGCUACAGGAAAAGUAGGUUUCCCCAGGAAAAAUCAUGGGGAAUAGGAAUGGAGGGGCGGUUAAACAGCAAAUUCAAGGUGAGGGUUCAGGGGGCUCAGCGGCCUCCCCCGCCAUUUUCAUUACUGCUUCCUCCCUUAGAUAAAGUGCUAUGUGAACAGCGCCAAGCCCCUUCCUUCCAGAUCCCUGUCCCUGAGCGUCUAGAGGCAGAAACUCCGGUGCGACGUGCUGCAGCUAAUGAGAUGCCAAGGAAGCAGACUGCUGUCUGUUAAACAAGAGGCCCAGGUCAGCUUUGCAGGCUCCUGAACCUCAUCAGUUCCUUCAAGUUCAUUUACUAGAGCCCUAGGACUGGAUGCUUUCUAACUAGACUCACAAGAUGCUGAUUUCUAAACAACUCCUGGGAAAUCUAGCUAAAGAGCAAGCUUCCGGGGAAAACCAUUAAAAGGCCCAGGAGUGACCCUUGGACUGAGCUCCUCCUCAAGAAUUGGGAAUUGUGUUCCUGCUGUAUUGAAGCUUCCUCCCAAAACCACUGCCGGACCAGUGGGGACAUGUGCCUCCUCCGGGGUUCUCUCUUUCUAGACUCCAUGGAGACUCCAGCAUCCUGUUAAUACUUCCUUAUUUUAGGCCAGUGCUUCUCUAACUACGUUCUUAUGGAACUGUGGUAUUCCACCAGCCAAAGAGAGGGCUCUUUUUCCAAAUUAUAGGGGGGGGAAAAAAAAGCUAAAGGAUAGAAGUAUUUCACAUGUAUGCUCUCCUCAGAAAUUUUCUAUAAACCAUCCACAUCUCUGGCAAAAGUUAAAAGCAAUUUCCAGGUAAAGGUUAACUGCUCCUUGGUCUCCGGGACCCUGCUGUCUCCUUGUUCUCCUACCACCUGUCUGGCCUAUCUCAGUCUUGUUUGGAGCCUCCCUCUCUCUCUGGAACACUCUUUAGUGCUGGUCUUCCUCAGGGUUCUGUCCCCGUCCCUGCCCUCAUCUCACUCUAAACACUCAUGAGUGAUCUCGCCGAUGCCCGUGGGCUCCACGCCACCUCUGCUCUGAUGACUUCCAAAUCGCAGACUCCAGCUGAGCUCUCUCCCCUCAUUUCCAGACGAGGUUGCCUCCAGGACAUCCCCAUAUGACUCUCCCACAGCCCCUCAAGUUCAACAAACACUGAAAGGAACUGAUUACAUACCCCCCUUCCAAACUUCUUGUGCUCUGCUAUCUUCUUAAGUGCUGAAGUCAGAAACGAGCACACUAUCUGUGAUCGUCUUUCCAACGUUCCCACCUCCUGGGGAUUGCGUCUCUCAAGUAGCUCUCCGCUUUCUAAAGUGAACAUCUGACCACUUCAUUCCCUUGCUUAAAUCUCUUCUUUACCCAAUAUCCUCCAAAAAAGCCCAAACUCCUUAACAUGGGGUGCAAGAUUUGUCAGGAUCUGGUCACCGGUUAUUUCUUGCCAACUUUCUCCUGCCCCACCCCCUUGCAACUUCCACUCCACCCAAAUUUUUGCUCCGGCCAUUUGAAGUGACCUUGUCUGUGGUCUCUCUUGUCCCUGUGGCUAUGCACAGUACUCUCCUCUCUGUCUGGAACAUUCUUCCCCACUUUCUGAUCAUCUGCGUAGAUUCCUUCCUCACCGCCCCAAAUUUGGGUCUGGUGCCCUCUUAGAUGCUCUCCUCUCAUAGUGUUAGCAUGCUGUAACUACCCAUUUACCUGUCUUUCUCCUCCAUUAGACUGAGAGCAACGUGAGGGCAGGGGCUGUGUCUCCCUUCCCCCUAUUGUUUUCUCUGUUCUUAGCACAGUGCCCAGGCACUUUGGAGAUGCUCAAUAAACAUGUUGAAAGAACAAACGAGUGAAUGAGUCAACUCCUCUGGGAUCUCACCGCUCCCCGUACUUGGCCCUAUGGAAAGACUUCUCCCUCUGCGUUAUAAUUGCCUGACUACUUUUCCAUCCUCAUUUCUAAUCUGGGGACUCUUUUGGGAUAGAACUUGUCUGCCUCACUGCUAUAUUCCCAGUAUCCAGCACAAACCCUGGCACUUAAUAAAUACUUAUCGGAUGUUGAAACUUAAUGGAAAAUCUCCCAAUCAGUUUGACAAAAACAAAGAAGCCAUUUUUCUCUGGGUGUGGGUAAUUUGGUUGAGAUUUUAUGCUGGGCACCUAUAAUAAAGCGAUGUUUUUACCAGUUUGGUGAAAAAAAUUAUUACCAGUUGGGAUGAUAGAAUUAAAUAUACCAGGAUUUCACAGGACCUCUUUGUGUAUUCUAGCCCCACAGGAAACCCCACAUCAGCAAACAGCUACAUAGAUAAAGUUAGAAAAUAGAUAAAGUUAGAAAUAGGAAGACAGUUUCCCUCCCAAGCUGCAUGGAGCCUGAAGAUGACUAUGAUGAUGUUGAAAUCCCUACAAAUAUUGAAAACCAUCAUUUUAAAACAACUCUUGUUCUGCCGCCUUAACUGUUUUGAGAACUGGUGGUUUACUCAUAUCACAAAUCAGUGGAUUAUAGUUUUCUUUAAAAUAGUUAACAGUUUGAUCUUCUUUGUGAUACAAAUAAGAUUGUUUUCAGAAAAUGCUCUGGUAUUACCAGCAAUAAAUUUUACAAAUCAUGUGUA